GGCGUCGGACUCGGACCUCGGGAGCGCUCGCCUCCGCCACCGACCGGAGCUGGAGCGAUACUUGGCUAGGUAACAUUAGCGCAGCCGCGCGGCUCAGCACGGACGUUCCUUCGCUCGCCUCGACGCUUGACGUUUAUGGUAUUGCACGAGACAUUGCAUCACCGGUCUGUCUACACUGCGCCGCGAUAAACUGUUGAUUGUCUCGCGGGGGUCCAAUGUCUACUUUCACUUGAAAAGUCCGCUUGAGAAAUUCUUGGAAUCUUCCUUUUUUGUCGCAAUGACCCGACCUGCCGAUCACGAGGAAUACGCGAUAACGGAGGCCGGAUCUGCGUGAUAACUUGAGGCAGCUUGGUGAAGUAAAAUGAAACGGGACUUCCCGAAACUGAUCAGUGCGUGAACUGACCCUCUGCCGAUACGCGUCGGAGAUGUGAACACGCUUGGUGUAAUAUAUAAUGGAUUAACAAGCAGCGGAAUGCUGUGGCCCAGAUUAAGACGAUCACGACGCCUGUCGAUGAUCGUUUUCUCGAUCGUUAUAUGCAUAGGCACGUUUCUGAUCUGGUCUAGGAGCAGGGAGAGAGGCGCCGAUCUGCAAAAUAACUUGAGAUCACACGGCAACCAGAAAGAUUACAUUGAUCAUCGGGGGAUCCAUGUAGUAGUCGGCCAUUACAUAGGGGAUUCUGUGGACUCCUUGAAAAUUCCAAACAUCACGAAAGAUGUUAUUAAUCAGAAUUUGUUCAGUCCACUGCCAUUCGAGGGGAAAAAUGGAGAACCCGUGGUAAUACAUCCGAAAGACUUUUACAAGAUGCAGCAGUUGUACCAAAUUAAUCGAUUUAAUUUAAUGGCUAGCGAUAAGAUACCACUAAAUCGAUCACUACCCGACGUUAGGAAGAAAAAGUGUAUUUCACGGUACGCAAACCUAGGUUACUUACCAAAAACAUCGAUUAUUAUAGUAUUUCAUAAUGAAGCUUGGAGUACGCUGUUACGGACGGUACAUAGCGUCGUCAAUCGGUCUUCGAGAGAAUUGUUAGAAGAGAUUAUUCUCGUCGAUGAUAAUAGUGAAAGAGAAUUCCUGAAAAAUCCUUUGGAUGAUUACGUCAAGACCUUGAACGUUCCUACGAGAGUUUUGCGAUCUAAUGAACGGGUAGGAUUGAUACAAGCGAGAAUUUUGGGUGCGAACGAUGCCAAAGGUGAAGUUCUCACUUUCCUCGACGCUCACUGCGAAUGUACGGUUGGAUGGUUGGAGCCGUUACUUGAAGUGGUUGGCAAAAAUGCAACAAGAAUAGUCGCUCCAGUAAUCGAUAUAAUCAACGAUAAUACCUUCGGUUAUACAAGAUCGUUUGAGCUUCAUUGGGGUGCAUUCAACUGGGACUUACACUUUCGCUGGCUAACUUUGAACGGCCGUCUACUGAAGGAAAGGCGCGAUAAUAUUGUUGAACCGUUUCGAACGCCCGCAAUGGCAGGUGGGCUCUUCUCGAUAAACAGAGAUUAUUUCUUUAAAUUGGGCAGCUACGACGAUCAGAUGCGAAUCUGGGGUGGCGAGAACUUGGAACUGUCGUUCCGAGCUUGGCAGUGCGGAGGCAGCAUCGAGAUUGCGCCAUGUUCCCACGUCGGGCAUCUCUUUCGAAAGUCUUCCCCUUAUACUUUUCCGGGUGGCGUCGGCGAUAUCUUAUAUGGCAACCUUGCCAGAGUCGCUUUGGUAUGGAUGGAUCAAUGGGCGGAGUUCUAUUUCAAGUUCAAUCCUGAGGCAGCUAGAUUAAGGUAUAAGCAGCAAGUUCGUUCGAGACUGGCUUUACGCGAAAAGCUGCAGUGUAAAAGUUUCGAAUGGUACUUGGAGAAUGUGUGGCCGGAGCACUUCUUUCCCAUGGAUGAUCGAUUUUUUGGCAGGAUCGUGCACGCCGCAACAAAGAAAUGCAUUAUGCGACCGACUGCGAAAGGUUCUUACGCACAACCUUCAGGGAACGCGGUUCUACACUCAUGCAUACCGCGGCCGAUGCUCAGUCAGAUGUUCGUGAUGACUAAAAACGGAGUGAUAAUGACUGAUGAAAGUGUAUGUUUAGACGCACCGGAACGAGAUACGCAACAAAAGACGCCGAAAGUGAAAAUAAUGGCAUGUAGCGGCCGCGAAAGACAGAAGUGGCAAUAUGACGAACAAACGAAAGUAUUUUUGCACGUGCCUUCCGAGAUGUGUCUUCAGGCAACAGCGGACGAUGACACGCUUACAAUAGCGACAUGCACUAAAAAUCUCGAUCAACAGUGGAUUUUAGAACCGGUUCCUUGGAAAUAAUAAUUCUAAUGUUAUUGACAACGAAGAAAGGAAAAGGCAGUGCCUUGAUGAGUAUGCUCAGUUUAUCGGUAAUUACUAUACUUGUAUAUGUUUACUGCUACCAAUUUUGUGGCAAUUUACAUUGUCAUUUUCAUGAAAAAUUUAUGCCUUUUUUUACUUUUAUACUGACAAAAUCAAAUAGCAUAUCUUUACUCUAUGACAUGGUUUGAAUUAUUGCAAUAAAAGAUAAUAGAUAUUAUUUAUCACUUGUGUUACCUUUUCUCGACGCCCUUCGAUUCUAUGUGAUUUAAAUUUCUUGUGAACUUUUUCGUUCUUUUGUAUUUGCAACUUAAUUUCAUUUUAUUAUCCAUUUUGACCUCGUUUUCCUUUCUCUCUUUAUUGCAGCCUGUGUUUGUAUAAAAUUGCAUUCAAUGUUUAACAACAGAUAAUUCGCAUAUUGAAAAAAAUAUGCACAAAGACACGAUACUUUUUUGCAUUGUGCGGUCUUUUCAUCCUGUAAAUGGAUCUCGUUUCGCCAUCUAAUGGAUGAGAUGACUGUGCUUGAUCACGGUUAAUAAUCUGAACAUGAAUGGCCGUUUCGAGAAUAAGAGUGCGUCGAUGCCAUAAUUAUCGUACACGUAUACGUGAGCAUCGUUUCGCCGUACAACUUCCUAUCGACGUUAUCCUUCAAAGUAACGUCGCGUAAACGCCAAGUUGGCUAACUAGUUUGGAAGUGUCUUAAAUAAAUGCCCGUGGAUCGCGGGGACACGUUCCUUCGACUGAUUUGGCAUUGCCUUAAAUAGGUAAUCCUCCACUGUCGCAAUUCCGAAGAAGAUGCGUAUUGUUAGUGAUUCAUUGCUAGUUAAGGCCCUGCCGACGAGUCAUCUUUAUUGUCAUCGUCGUCAAGGCUGAAUCGAAAAUGCUUCAGUUUCAUGUCGUUCCAUAAUCUUGGAACAUUAACGACGUCAUUUAUGAGCUUUUGCAAAAUAAUUAUUCUAGCAAUAAGAUAUAUUUCCUUCUAGCGUUAUUUAAAUAUUUAAAAAUUAAAUGUGUAUAUUUAUACAAAUCUUUUUUAUAUUUAGAUUUAAAAAAAAUUAUCAAGAGCGUGGGAAUAAUAUAUUUAAAAAAUGUUUUCGCCAAGAAAACUUUAUACGUCAUGCUUUUAUUAUGUACGAAAACAAGAAACGUGGACAAAAGGAUUAAAAAAUAUAUUUAUCUU